AUGUUCCCUAAAACCUUCUUGUUCAGGAAGCGUUCGGUGCUUCAAGCUGCGAUAGGUCAACAGAGUACGCUCGAGUCUCUCGGCAUCCUUCAAGAUGCCAUUAAUCUAGCUAUUACGGAAGUAUCAUCUACUUUUUUCUUACUGAAGGUGACAUGUGCUGAAUUUUUGAGCUCGCUGAAAUGGAAUAGGGUAGAGCGUUCCAUUCGAGAAGAAUGGCAGUUACAAUGUCUUCAUGCUUAUUUUGAUCUUUUGUUUUCCGAUGAUUUCAAAGUCGCUCAAGCUGCUUUGAGUAAGGUGGAUCGGCUGGUGAUGAAUGCGGAUUUCACCGAGUACAGUGGAGUCUUUGCUGUUCGCAUCCCUGAUGAUGUGAUUUCCCUCGGACAGGGCUUUCUUCCAGCAGUUCUUAAUAUGCCAAGCGAUUACCGAUUUCGUGGUGAAUGUCCUGAUAUUGUGAUAGAAUCUAAUUUGGAGGCAGUUUUGAGCGAGUUAACUGAGUAUUAUACAGCUGAUGUGCUCAAGCGAUCCGCUGGUUUCUGCCUCGUUCUAGAUGCUUUGUUAAAAACAUUUCCCGCAUCUUUGUUCUCUGAGUGUUGGGGAUGCUCAAGCAAGCAGCCCUCACCUACUGGUGGACUUCUUUCCGUAGUGCUUGAACUGUGCGAAUUGAAUCUUAACACGUCUUCUAGACUUUCUACUGGUCUGCGAGUUGUUGCUGCGCUGUUUGCCGCUUUUUGUGAGAGCAAUAUGAUGAACGUUGUCCAGGAGCAAGCAAGCGUGGAUCGAGCAACUCUUCCACGUUUGCCUGAACAAACUCUCCUUGAUCGACUGCUGCUGAUGCCCUUAAGGGUACUGAAUUUGUACUACUCCCUCAUUGCCGAAUAUCGGUCUGUGACAUCGCAAUCUUCGACGUCGAUCCUAUCACGACCAACUCUGUCGCCAUUGCCUAAGAAAGACAUCUCUCCCUCACGCAUCGCUGACAUCUCACGAUUGCUUGGGACA